AUGUCCGUCUCAGCCGUCCACCAGGGCCCCAGUGCCCGUCAAUCGGCGCGCCAGACACGCACCAACCCAUCUCGCACCUCCAAGACGCUGGGACGUUCGUCAUUUGCCUACGGUCAUGGCGACACCCCUCCUACCCCGGUGCCUCAUGGCUUCUACCCGGCCCUUACCCACUUCACCGACGCCAUUACCGCCCUCCCUCGAGAAUUCCGCCGACACAAUUCCCUGCUGAAGGAGGUCGAUGCAAAGGCCUGGGCGCUGGAGGACACCCUUCUGCAGUUGCUGAAAGCCUCGUCCGAAUGCCCUCCAGUUCCCUGUCCGGCGAACCCCGCGCCUAUGAUCGGUGGUGUCGUGCGCGAGGACCUUCUCCCGGUGAACCUUUCUCAACCCCCCGAAUCCGAAGAAAGCAAAAACCGCCGCCUCCUCUUUGACCGUGUUCGCUACACCCUCUCCGACCUGAUGAUGACCGCCGACGAAAAGAACCACGUCAUCUCCAACGCCAAUGACGAGCUCGACCGCCAGCUCCACCGUCUCGACGACGUCUUCCCCUUCAUCGCCGGCGAGAUCAGCGACGAGGCCCGUCUGGGCAGUCUGACCCACUGGGCCUACUCCAACCGCAACGCCGCCAAGACCACCACCAACGAGCGCCCGCGACGUGAAGCCGCCUCCAACAAGGACAUCGUACACUCCAUUCAUGAAGCCGAGGCGGCGUCUCGCAGCGAGGCCAGACGCGAGGCCGUCCUGGCCCGCCGACAGCGACGCGCCCACGCCGACUCCGAUAUGGAUGAUGUGCGCGCGCGCAAAGGGCAGUCGGGCAAAGCGCGCGCCGAUACUCAUGGACAGUCGGGGUCGUCUGGUCAGCCGAAGCGGAAGAAAGUCGAGCGCCCACCGCCGGUGGAUACGGGGGCGGCCAUGGAGCGCACGACGAGUGCUGCGGGGGGUUCCGCAAGGGCUAUUUCGAAGGAUGGUGCAGAGGGGGCAAAGAAACGGUCUCGGGCGCCGAAUGCGAACUCGGCGGCACGGAAGAGGAACAAUACCGGUGCCUCCAACGUCGAUUCGCCUGUUAUGGUACCCUCCCCUGUGGUGGGGUCGGCCAGCAUCCCCCGAUCCGCUGCAAGUCCGGGGCCGGGGCCUGCUCGACCGCAGACGUCGCGGCAGCACAACUCUGGACAAUCGGGCAACGGUCGCCCGCGACCGUCGUCAUCGGCGUCAAACCGUGUGGCUUCUGGAGGUAAGGCGGCGGAGGCCCGUGGGCCCAAGGACACUCCCAGGCUGGAGACGGUCCCUAUACCAAACCUCGAGAUGCAGCGUCGGGACGACGACGAGCGUGGGGUUCCAGUGUCCAAGCUGGGCGCACCAUUGAGCUCUGCGCGCGAGGAUUCGGAUCCCAGGCCGGCCGAAUCUAUCGAGCCCGGCGAGACCCCGGCGUCAGGGACAUCGAACGCGGCACCCAAGGGCCGGUCGUCGAAGACAUCCACGCCAGUGCUGGCCGCGCUUGCCGAGCCGGCGCAGCAGCGGGUGCGGCCGACGCGGAGCACGGAUCCGGCGCCGGCGAAACGAUCGCAGAAGAAGAACGGGGGCAGCGUGGUGGUGCAGCGCGCGCCGUCGGAGGAGGAAGAGUCGCUCCAUGAAGGCGACGACGAGGACGAAGAGGGCGAGCCCCGGUACUGCUAUUGCAACGAGAUCAGUUUUGGCGAGAUGGUGGCGUGCGACAACGAUGCGUGCCCGCGCGAGUGGUUCCAUCUGUCGUGUGUUGGGUUGACCAAGCCCCCCGGGAAGAAUGUGAAAUGGUACUGUAACGAGUGCAAGGACACUAUGCGACGAAGUCGGAGUGGGCGGUAG